UGUUAAUAGUGUGAUUAAGUGGUGAGGCCAUUGUUGUACAGAAAACCUGAGAAGACGCACACAGCCCAACCAGGAGAUCAAAUUGUCGUGGAAAUUAGCAAGGAAACACUCGCAGACCUCUGAAGUCCUCUGAAGUUGGUAUGGAAAUCGAUGAAACAACUUUUGUCACCUUCAUCAACCCCAAUUACUUCCCUGGCAAGUUGUGGCGUUUGGUGAACGAUCCUAAGAUUCGCUCAAUUUGUUGGAACGCCAGCGGGGAAGGAAUACUCAUCCAUCAGCUACCCUUCGAAGCUGAAGUGCUAUUGUCCCAACCUAGGCAUUUGUCUGAGUACUUCAGAACGACUGACUUCAUCAGUUUUGUUCGCCAGCUGAACCUGUACGGCUUCAGAAAAAAAUGCACAGACCGUGACGUCUCAGACAAGCAUCCCAACAUCUCAUCCAUUAAAGCCCAACUGCACCACUUUUACAACCCGUACUUCAAACGGGAUAAGCCUGAGCUUCUGCUCAAACUAAAGCGACUCACGCGUCUCAACAAGGCCAAGCUUGCCGGGAUAGAGGUGACCAGCAGGAAGUCAAAACAUUUCCAUGAUGUGAUGCUGAAUUCGCCACAGGAAACCUCUGCCUUAAUGAAAACAGGUUCAGUCUUGCUUGGACGUCAGGGCACUCCUUACCACCAUCCCUGUAAUGGCCCUCAGCAGGAGAAGAGGUUCAACACACCUCAUCACUCACAGUACGGGUUUUACACACCAGUGUAUCAGUGCCGUAGCCCAGACUUCUUGGAUUCAAAAGUGCCAAGCUUUCAACAACCAGCUGCUUCCUACUCUCCUUGUGGCUAUUACCCUGACUACUCAGUCGGAUACGCUCAUCCGAUUGAUCAGGAUCCAUACUGGAAAGCAGGUGUUGUUCCAGAGUCCAGGACGAGUGACAUGAAAGAGAAAGAGGAGCUGGACGAUAUUUUAAAUCUGGUAGAAGAAUUACAGGCUGAAGUUGAUGCCCAGAGGUUUCUGCAGCUAUCAGUCACCUAUUAAGACAGCUUGAGUGGGUGUUAUGAACCCGGUCUAGGUCAGGCCGCAACAUACAAUAAAUUUUUAUCACAUAAUUUCAACUAUAUUCUCAGCUCUUCUUAUUUCAUACUUCUUGUGAUUGUCCACUCUUUUCCAGUCUCUGGCUGUAUUUCAAUUUUGUCAGUCUGACUCCAUAAGUACAUGUUUGUGCUUGCUGAUAAGUGCUACUAUGUACACAAGAUAAUUUGCAGUGCACUGGAAGCAGAGGGUACGGGCUCGCUCAUCCAGGCAGAAAUAAAAGAGAAGCCAGCCCUGCAGAUGUGAUAAUUGACUCUAGCUGCUGUGGUUAGAUGAGAGACAGAGAGUUAGAUGAGAGACAGAAGGCCAGAAGCAAUGCUGUGUGUUUCCAUUGUGAUCGUUGCUAUAAAAAU